AUGGUUCACUUUACAGCUGAGGAGAAGGAUAUCAUCACAAGCCCAUGGGGCAAGGUGCAUGUGGAAGAGUUGGGGCAGAUACGUUCUCAGGAACAUUUCCUCUGCCUCUGCCAUCAUGAGAAACUCCAAGUGAAAUUUCGUGGUAAGAAGAUAUUGACUUCCUUCAGAGAACCUACAAGGAACCUGGAUGAUCUCAAGGCCACUUUUGUCCAAUUGAGUGAGCUACACUGUGAUAUGCUACAGGUAGAUCUUGAGACCUUCAGGCUCCUGGGAAACAUGCUUGUGACUGUUUUGCCAGACCAUUUUGGCGAGGAAUUCACCCUCCAGGUGCAGGCUGCCUGUCAGAAGAUGGUGACUAGAGUGGCUAACGCCCUGGUCCACAGAGAUCCAGUAGUGUAG